GAAGGAACAUGGCUGAGACCGCUCCAGUUGCUGCGCCGGACGUUGCCGCCGCUGCUCCGGCUCCGGCUAAGGCUGCUGCUACCAAGAAGCCGAAGAAGGCAGCGGGUAGCUCCAAAGCUCGCAAGCCUGCGGGCCCCAGCGUCACCGAGCUGAUCACCAAGGCUGUGUCCGCUUCCAAGGAGCGGAAGGGGCUGUCUCUCGCUGCGCUCAAAAAAGCGCUGGCUGCCGGCGGCUAUGAUGUAGAAAAGAGCAACAGCCGCAUCAAGCUGGGGCUUAAGAGCCUUGUCAGCAAGGGCACUCUGGUGCAGACCAAGGGCACCGGCGCCUCCGGCUCUUUCCGCCUCAGCAAGAAGCCAGGAGAGGUGAAGGAAAAACCUAAAAAGCGGGUAGCUGCAGCCAAGACUAAGAAGCCGGCGCCUAAGAAGCCUUCUACUGCUGCCAAGAAGCCCAAAAAGGCCGUUACAGCUAAGAAGAGCCCUAAAAAAGCCAAGAAGACGGUGGCUGCUGCAGCCAAGAAAGCGACCAAAAGCCCCAAGAAGGUAACUAAGGCAGCCAAGCCUAAGAAGGUGGUGACUGCAGCUAAGAGCCCUGCCAAGGCAAAGGCGGUGAAGGCCAAAGCAGUCAAGCCUAAGGCAGCUAAACCCAAAACGGCCAAAGCGAAGAAGGCAGCGCCUAAGAAGAAGUAAAAGGUUCUGAAAAAAGCCCAUCUGCAUUGCAGAUAAACCAACGGCUCUUUUAAGAGCCAC